AUGGCUAAAUCAACGUCCAGUGCAGAAAGUUUAUCGGAUAACGAAGAACUGGAAAGAUUUUAUGAGCUAAUGAUUGAAGCAUCGCAAAAGGUGCAAAAAAUGAAGCUAAAAGAUUCCGAGAUCAGUACAGCGGAAGAUGAUAAUGCGCCGUAUGUACUGCCAGUAGUGUCUUACAAAGAACCGCUGAGGAAAAAUCCAAAAAACGUCCUUCACGUGAUGAAGCGUUUGCAUUCCAUGACUACAGCUGAAAUGCAGAAAGAAUUGAAGAAAGCACAUAUCGAUUCUCGUGGAAAACGAAGUGAGCUGUACAACAGGUUGAAGAAGUACUUUCGAAAAGAAUUCGCAGUUAUUAAAAACGCAGAACCCCUACGAAAUAAAACUGAAACAUUCUAUGACUAUUUUGUGGUGAUAGAUUUUGAAUGCACAUGUGAAGCCGACCUCUACGAUUACAAUCAUGAAAUUAUCGAAUUUCCAGCCGUUCUUGUCGAUAUACGGAAAAAAGAAAUCGUAGACGUUUUCCAUUCGUACGUACGACCAGUAGUGAAUCCACAACUUAGUGAAUUUUGUUCUUCAUUUACGGGUAUUACUCAAGAAAUGGUUGACAAAUCUUUACCAUUCAUUGAUGUACUGGAUUCCUUCCGAGCUUGGAUGCAGUUACAUCGCUUAGGACAAAAAGACGUGCGUUACGCUUUCGUAACUGACGGGCCUUGGGACAUCGCUAAGUUUUUUCAAAUGCAGUGCAUUCAGAGUAACUUAAGUGCCGUUCCUCACGAUUUUCGCUUUUAUAUUAAUAUCCGAAGAUCGUUCGCAAAUAAAUACUGUAAAAGGCAUUCGACACAAAAGAUUAAUCUGGACGGGAUGCUAACAUCUCUCAAUAUGAAAUUUGAAGGUCGCCAACAUUCUGGACUUGAUGAUUCUAAAAAUAUUGCAAGAAUUGUUAUAAAAAUGUUGGAAGAUAGAUCUGAGUUAAGGGUUAACGAGAAGCUUGUCCGGAUUAAGGAAGGUAAAAAAGUAAAAGUAUUGCUACCAGACAUGAAUAAAGAAGAUCGGGGUCGACAAGCUUGGAGGGAUAACCUUCCAUACAUAGUACAGCAGAUAAGCCGAGAUUCGUUUAUCAGCGGUGAAUAUUUAGACUGCGACACAUGCGACGAGGAUGAUUAA